UUUCGCUGAAAAUGCGCAUAUCAAAUGAAAUUGAAAAGUUAAGGCACGAAAUUGUAUUCACUGAAGAUGAUGGGCCAAAACAAGAGGAACUUAAACAAGCUAAUGCUAAGUUUACACAUAUUCAUAAAGAAAUAACAAACUGUGGUGAUUCUGAAAAAAACAAAGAAACAAGUUUUACUGAUGUAAUAAACGUAUGCGAUUAUAAAAAAAUAAAUAAUAUGAACAAGCAAAAUAUUUUGACGCGUGAUCUUAUAAACUUAUAUAUCGUGAAAAAAAAUAAUAAUAACAUACUUAAUACGUCUCCAAUAAAUUUAAUUUCUAAUUUUUUUGAAAAUAAAUAUGGCACAAAUACAAGUACUACUACCACUACUACUACUAAUACUACUACUACUACUACUACCAGUAAUAAAAACAUUGAUGGUGUAGAACGAUUAAACAAAGUGCUAAACCAGUUUAAUAAAGAAAUCAAUAUAUUGAAUACUAAACGGAUUGAGGCCAUUCGAAUCAUAAAAUAUAUAUCUUUAAAAAUUUUAUCUAUUAAUGAAAAAAAUAGUAUACUUAAAGAGUUGAGAAAAAAAGAAUUAAAAUUAAAAAAUCAAAAAAAAGUAUAUACAAAAGAAAUACAGAAUAUUCAAAAUGAAGUAGAUAAUUGUACGAAUUCAACGCAGCUAUUGUUAGAAGAUCUGGAAAAUCAAAAUAAAAGAAAAGAAGAAGUAUUAGAAAAGCUUAAGCAAGUAAUCGGAGAUAAUACUUUAUGCUAUAAUAUGCUUCUUAAAAAUUUAAAAAAUAAUAAGGAUGAUGCGAUGUCAAUUGAAAGCGAAGGUAGUGAUAAGUCCAACGAUGAAUUGGAGGGAGCGGGAUCGGAAGCAGGUGUAAGUCUAUGCGGGGAAGGAGACGACGCUGUUAUUAAUAUUUAUAAUAAAGAAAAAAUUAAUGCUAUAAAAGAAGAAAAUGGAAUAAUUUUAAAUAAAAUAAAUAAUAUUAAAAAGACUAUGGAUAUGUUAAAAAAUGAUAAACGAAAAUUAAUGAUAAAAAAAAAAAAUUUUGAAAAAGAAGUUGAUUUAAUAAAUGAAGAAAUAAGUAUACUUGAUGAUGAUAAAAAAAAAAAUAUAUCUGAC